AUGGGCCGCCUGCCGGGCGCGCUGCCGCGGCGCUGCGCCCAUAGACUACAGAAGGCCCUUCAACUGGCACUCCUCGCGGUCAGCCUCCUGUCGCUGCCAUCAACCCGGGGAGCCUUCGCAGGAAGCGCUGCACCCUUUCCGCGGCCCUCUUGCAGAGUUCGGGCAGACGGCCAUGGACACCAGCCACGGAUGCCGGGUGCUUUGAGGGCGGAGAACUCAGAAGAGACACCCUCCUCACCCUCCAGAUGGAAGAAGAUCCGGCUCUGGCUCAGCGACGCCGAGAACCGAAAGCGCUUCGCGUCGAUGGGCACCGCCGGCGUCUUGAGCUAUGGCGUGGUGUCCAAUGUGAACUACAUCCCCUUGUUUGCUGGGGCAUGGUACCUUGUGGCAGCACGGACGCGCAUCUCUCCAACACACCAGUGGCCCGUCUUCCUUUCUACCUACGCCACGCUGUACGUGUUCAACAACGUGCUCCGCCCCGCGAAGCUGAUUGUGGUCGGAUUCGUGACGCCCAGGGUGAACAAGUGCUUUGACUGGGCCAUGGAGAAGUUCGGCAUAGGGAAGAAGCUGGCAGUUGCCUUGACCUACUUCGUAUUGAAUCUCGGCGCCGUGCUGCUCAUGGGCCUGAGUGUACUUGCUGCCAGUGCGCUGGCCGGGGUUCCGAUCUGGUGA